AUGGAGGAGAUGUUGUUCUCCAGCCGUCAUCACAGAUUUACACACAGAUUUCUGAAACAUCAUCAUAAAACAAUUUUUAUCUUCGUCUUCAUUUGUGGUUCACAGCGACAUAACAGACAUUUUAAAAAUCAUUUAGGUUUAAAUAAAGAUGUUUAAAGACGAAAAUCCUACAAAAUUACAUUAAUUUAGCAUUAAAAAAUGUGGGUUGCGGUUCGUAACUAGGUCGCAGGGUAGUUUGUCCUGGGUCUAUUUCCAGCGUCAGACUGAGGAGGUGUUUAUGUUUAUAACAAACACAGAAAUAUUAUUUGGUGUUUUUGUUAUUGCUGUUGUUGUUGUUGUCAAAAAUGUUCUGUUCUGUGCAGCAGCCACUGACUCCAUGACACCGUUCUGACAGAACUGUCAGUCUGAGCUGAGAAAACAGUUCCACAGGUUCUGUGUCAGAACCAGAACCUUGACAGUAAAUGAUUCCGACGGUUCUGUGUAGUUUUGAAACACAGUCCAGGGUUCUGUGUGUGUGUGUGUGUGUGUGUGUGUGUGUGUGUGGUCCCAGUGUUGAAGUGAAGGCUUUACAGAGUUCUACACUGGGCCACGCCCUGAGGACCCACUGGUUCCAGGACUGGUGUUUGAGGUCUGAUGAAAACAUCUGUGGAGAAAAACCCUGAGCUCCAAUUUUAUCUCCUGUAGCAGUGGAGCUAAGGCGGGGGACAGAGAGGGUGAGGAAGACAGAGACAGAGACAGAGAGACCAAGGCAGCAGGAGAGACAGUCAGUCACACAGAUUGUUCCACGUUGAAGCUCUCCCUUCAGUCCACUGUAGAAUAAACAAACACGUGCCUUUUAAACACUGCUGCUCUGUGAACGGGUUUAGACUGAAGACUGAAAAUAGAGCGGUGUGUGUGUGUGUGUGUCUGUCUGUGUGUGUGUGUCUGUCUGUGUGUGUGUGUGUCCUCUUUACUUAUUAAAAUAAAAAGGUACAGGAGCAGAGUAAACUGGAGACUCAGAGUUAGUCUAACAACAACCACACCUCCCCUGUCAAUCACUGCAGGACUGACCCGUUACUGACCACAUUACUGACCACGUUACUAACCAUGUUACUGACCAUGUUACUAUGUUACUGACCACAUUACUGACCAUGUUACUAACCAUGUUACUGACCCUGUUACUGCUGCAGUAACAUGUGAUGUGUGUCAGUGUGUUCAGACAGUGUUCACCUCUCACUGUCCCAGCUGAAGUCACUGACCACAGUCUGUGGACUUUGGUCUGUGACUGUGAGAUAAAACAUUGAUCAUGAUAAGAGGAGCAGACUGCUCCUCACAGUCUGAUGGUCAGCACCUCCUCACAGUCUGAUGGAGUCCAGGAGGAUGCAGAUGUGCAGAGGAUGCUGCAGGGCUCCAGUAUGGUGAAGAUCCGUUCUCCUCGCUGGCAGAAGAGACGGACGUUGAAGCUCCUGGAGGACGGAGUGACCGUCUGGUGUCAGUCCAACAAGACGUCCAGUCGGGCCAAAGAACUGCAGUCAUUCUCCAUCACGGAGGUGGAGUGCGUUCGUCAAGGAUGUCAAUCGGAGACGCUGAGGCUGAUGGGUGAAUCGGUACCCGAAGGCCGCUGUCUGACUGUGGUCUUUAAAGGUCCCAGGAAGAGUCUGGAUCUGCUGUGCCAGAGUCCGGAGGAGGCCCAGAACUGGGCCAGAGGGAUCAGGACCCUGCAGGGGAGGGUGGAGAACAUGACCCAGAAGGAGAAACUGGACCACUGGAUCCAUGCUUACCUGAGCCGGGCCGACCAGAACCACGACGACAAGAUGAGCUACGAGGAGGUGCAGACCCUGCUGCAGAUGAUCAACAUUGAUCUGAGUGAUCAGUACGCACACACCCUCUUCCAGAAGUGUGACCGCUCAGCUGAUGGUCGACUGGACCACGGCGAGAUCGAGGUUUUCUGCAGGGAGUUGUUACGGAGGCCAGAGCUGGACGCCGUCUUCAUCCGAUACUCAGCUAACGGAUGUGUUCUGUCCACUGUGGAUCUGAAGGACUUCCUGAAGGACCAGGGAGAAGAUGCUUCACUGGUCCACGCCCAGAGCCUCAUCCUCACAUAUGAACUCAACGAGUGGGCCCAGAAGAACCAGUUCAUGACGCCCAACGGUUUCACCAUGUACAUGUUGUCCAGAGAGAACUGUGUGUUCGACCCGGACCACUCGCGGGUUUAUCAGGACAUGACCCGACCAAUGGCCCAUUACUUCAUCUCCUCGUCUCACAACACGUACUUGACCAAAGACCAGAUCACCGGGGACAGCAGUACUGAGCCAUAUAUACGGGCUCUGAGCCACGGCUGCCGCUGUGUGGAACUGGACUGUUGGGACGGGGACAAAGGAGAACCCGUCAUCUACCAUGGACACACCCUGACCUCCAAAGUCCCAUUUGUCAAGGUCAUCCAGGUCAUCGACGAGUACGCUUUCAAAGUGAGUCCUCCCCAGUGUCACUGUUCUGAAAACAACAUGUUUGAGAUCAGGUACCUGAACAGAACCGAGCCUGUCUGCCGUGUUUUUCUUCAUCUGCUCCAGGCAUCUCCAUACCCAGUGAUCCUGUCUCUGGAGAACCACUGCUCUGUGGAGCAGCAGACAGUCAUGGCCCGACACCUCAGAUCCAUCCUGGGACAUAAGCUCCUCACCAAACCCCUCCCUGGUCUGGAUCCUCACCAACUACCUUCUCCUGAGGAUCUCAAAGGAAGAAUCCUGGUGAAGGGGAAGAAGGAGGUCCUGGUGGAGGAGGCUUCAUCCAGCACUUCAGAGCUUAGCUCCUCAGAUGAGGAGGCAAGCAGGCAUGAUGGGAAACCACACCCAAAAAAAGGAGAUGGCAAGCUGAGUCCAGAACUGUCAGACCUGGUGGUCUACACCCGCAGCGUUUCUUUUAGAACCUUUGAAGAGGCCUCCAAGAAGCCAGCAUCUGAAAUGUCCUCCUUCUCUGAGAGUGAAGCUCUGAGGCUCAUCAAAGACUCAGGGAUUCAUUUUGUUCGUCACAACAGUCACCAGCUGAGCAGGAUCUACCCUUCAGGUCAACGCCUGCAGUCGUCCAACUACAACCCUCAGGAGAUGUGGAACGCAGGCUGUCAGAUCGUGGCUCUGAACUUCCAGACUCCAGGUGAGCAAAUGGAUCUGAACCAGGGAAGGUUCUUGCAAAACGGUCAGUGUGGAUACAUCCUCAAACCAACCUUCAUGUGCCGGCCCAGCACCACCUUCCACCCUGAGAACGUGGGCGGAGGUCCAGGCCACAAUCCUUUGCUCUUAACUAUCAGGGUGAUUUCUGCUCAGCAGCUUCCUAAACCAGGAGGAGACAAGCCCAGCUCAAUCGUCGACCCUCAGGUGUGGGUGGAGAUCCAUGGAGCUCCUAUUGACAACAGCAAAAAGAAGACCAAUCAUGUUGACAAUAACGGAUUUAACCCACGGUGGGACAGUACCUUCAACUUCACCGUCCAUGCACCUGACUUGGCUCUGGUUCGUUUUGUGGUAGAAGAUCACGACUACACCUUGAGUAACGACUUCUUAGGCCAAUUCACUCUACCUCUGACCAGCCUCAGAACAGGUUAUCGUCAUGUCCGACUCCUCCGGCAGGACGGUUCCAGCCUCUCACCAGCAUCUCUCUUCGUCCACCUCUCAGUCUCUCCCUGUGAAGGAAGUCCCAGUAAAUUUAACCCCAGAUCUCCUGCCCCAACAUCCAAGUGAUAACCAUAGCCCAAGAGCAGCAGAUGUUUCCCCCUGGUCAUAGAAGAUCUUCUGGGCCUUGAAGAACAUUAGAUUCCCACACUAGUAUUGAAACCCGCUCUCCUCCUUCAGCUCAUGGACUGGAGGUUUUUAAUGUUCCAGCAACUUUUUUAUGAAGGACAUUCUCACUCUACAGUUCUGACCUCCUGAUCUGACUCAUCUUCAAGAACCAUGUGGAACCAAAACCAGAACUUUAGGAUAUUUAACUCUGGUCCAGAGUCUGUUUUGUUGUCUCAUCACUUUUUUCCCAUGAGUCCUAAGGAAACAUGGUGUACCUUCUGUUCACCUGGUCACAGCUGGUGUCAAGUGUGGGGCCGGAUUGUAACAUACUGAUCCUAGGUGGUUAACAGAUCAGCCAUCAUCUGAACAGCUACUGAUCCAGAACAGACAACAGAACACCUACAGUCAGACAAGUCAAACAGAUGAAGAUCAGACCAGCGCGGGGGAGGUGAAACUAGGACAACCAGCUCAGAGACACCAGCGUUCAAACACCAGUGUUAACGACGUCACGCUAACACCUGAAAACCCUCUCACAUCUAACAUGUGACGUGGUUCUCUCCUAAAAGGAGAACUGCCAGGUUCAGGGAAAGUUCCUGAAGAUGGAGAUGGAUUUCUGGAAAGUAUAGAAAAACAAAAGUGACUGUGACAUUAACGCUUGUAUUCAGUCUCCUUGGGGAAUCUGUGGGGCCAUAAUUUAUUAUUGAUCUAUUUAUUUGUUUGUGAUUAUUUAUUUUCACAUCUAAACAGAUUCAAAUGAGGGUUCUUGAAAAAAAUAUUUAGAUUUUUACAUCAGUUUUAAAAAAUGUUUGUCUUGUAGGAUAUUUAAUAAUCUUUUUCUUUUUCUUCUUAAAAAUAUCAUUAGUAAUCAGGUGUCAGGAAUAGACAGUGUCUUAGACAGUACUUCAGACAGUACUUCAGACAGUACUUCAGACAGUACUUCAGACAGUACUUCAGACAGUACCUCAGACAGUACCUCAGACAGUACAGGCUGUUGCCUCAGAAUCAAACUUGAUCUUUAACUUAGGUCUCAGGCAAAUAAAAGGUUCAAACUGAAAACCAAAUAAAUUCUAGACUUUGUAACUCAAC